ACUUUGUUGUUCCAGGUCAUAAUGAAUGUGAAAAGUGAAAGUAAGCGUGGUUUAGGAAUACGCUAUGUUGGAGUAAGAGGCUGGAAGAGGCUAGCUUUCCUCACUGACGUGUUUUAGACUAACUUUAUUCCCCGAGAGAAUGACGCAUCAUAACUGGCUACUAUCAACAAUUCUUAAUUUUUUUUACAAGCGCGUAUCAGCGACCAACGUUUGUUUUGCAAACUACAACAGUAUCAGGAAAACCCGUGAUGACAUCAUUAGCCGUCUCCGUGCAUUGCCGAAUAUUACUGAUGUGCAUAAUGAGGAGCAGUGCGAUGUGAAAGUGGCCUUCUGUCCGAUUGUGUCUCGCGCAGGAACCGACCUUAUGGCAGCUCUCUCGGGACGGUCGGAUGAAAAGCCCACCGUAAUGUUUGUACUUCACCACACCUUCAACCCUGACUACACUGCACCAAACAGCAGCGGGUAUGACCGGAACAAUUUGAUGAUGGUGGACGUCUUGUUCCACGAGGACUCGGGACUGCUGAACUGUUCAAAGAAUAAUAAAGCAAUCGAGAAGGCAGGAAAUUACCUAAAGAAAUAUGGCAAAACUCAGUAUAAAGUGAAUGUUAAGCGUGCCUUUGCUGUGAUUGCAGUUGUUGCUAUGAUUGGAAUAGGAAUUUGGUACAGAACACGGAAAGGAUCCAGUGUCUUUCCAAAAACAGAUCCAGGUUCUCAACAUUUGGAUCUGGCUCUGCCAGAAUUAGGACCAGAUAAAAAGUAUUUUAAAGUCAUGUAGACCUGAUCCAUCGUGCUUAUUUCAGAUUUGGAUUAGCAACUCAUUCAGCAGUGUAUUUGUUUCAUAGUACAUUUGAAAUGUAAUUUAAUUUACAUUUAAUAUUACAAUAAACAAUGAGGAUUUAUUAUUAUUAUUAUUACUACCAGUAACUUCUAUCAUUAUUAUUAUUAUUCCCAGUAACUUCUUCCAUGUGUGAAUAUGCCAAGUAUGAAUAAUAAAGAUGAACAAAAAAACAAGUUAUUUUUGUCUGUGUUUGCGCUUGGAGUUUGUGUUUAAAGAGAGUGUUGAUAGGAUAGUUUAGAUACAGGAUAGUAUACAGAGAGAGUUUAGUCUUUCCUCACAAGAUAACGCAUGAUAAUGAUAAUGCAGGAUAAUGCAUGAAGAUUGAUCUAACCACAAUAAUGCUUCACAAUAAUGGUGUCUCUGGUUUCCUCCACCCUCAUAAAAACAGGCCAGUAGACGGACUGGUUAAGAGAAAUUGCCGCCAAAUUUAAACACCAUAAAAUGUCUACAAUUUAACAGUCAGUUACUAGAUAUAAAAUUGACCAAGUUAGUUAAUAAUCGAAUACCAGUUAGAUUUAGAUUUAUGUCCAAAAAAAAGAAAGAAAAACAGAAAAAAACAAGAAGUCUAGGUCAUGUCCAUAGGCUGGUCAUUAGGGGCUUACAGCUGAUGGGGGUGCCCCCCAAUCUAAUCUGUGGUCCCUGUUUAUCUGUAUGUUGGUGUAUUCUUCUGUACUCCAGACCUCUGUUAUUUACAUCCUGUAUUACUGCUUUGCUGAAUG